AUGGCCAACCUAAACAUCAACAGCAAACUCAAGCUCCUAUCAGGACACGAGAUUCCCAUGUUGGGAUAUGGAGUGUAUCAAACCUUCAGCCCGGCAGAUAUCGCAAGCGAUGUGACCGACCACGCAAUCAAGUCAGGGUACCGACAUGUGGACUCUGCUACAGCUUAUCGGAACGAGAGACCGACAGCACAAGGCAUGCUGAAAUCUGGCAUCCCUCGUGAACAGCUUUAUUUCACCUCAAAGGUCCCUCCGAAGGAAAUCAACUACGAGGGUGCCAAGCGAUGUGUCGACGAAAGCCUCAAGAAGACUGGCCUUGAUUACCUCGAUCUCUACUUACUACAUGCUCCUUAUGGAGGAAAGGAGGGCCGACUCGGUGCAUGGAAAGCUCUCGUUGAAGCGGUCGAUGCAGGCAAGGUCAAGAGUAUCGGCGUCAGCAAUUAUGGAGUCGCUCACCUGGAGGAGCUGGAGCAAUGGCAGAAGUCGCAAUCCAAGGACAAAGCCGGCUUGCUAUCCGUCAACCAGAUAGAGCUCCAUCCGUGGUUGGCAAGACCGGACAUCGUGGACUGGUGCGAAGCUCGCGGCGUCGUACUCGAAGCAUAUUCGCCUCUGGCCCGCGCAACACGAAAUGACGACGCUCUGUUGAAACCGUUGACCAAGAAGUACAACAAGACUCCGUCUCAGAUCUUGCUCCGAUGGGGACUUCAGAAGGGCUUUGUGAUCUUGCCCAAGAGUGUGACCCAUUCCAGGAUUGAUGAGAACCGAGACAUCUACGACUUCGAACUUUCGCGAGAAGAUAUGGAUCAUCUGAACACUGGCAAGUAUGAGCCGAGCGCAUGGGAUCCUACAACAGCACCACUAAGUCAGUAA